AUGCCUUCUAUAUCAUCAACAGCUUCAGGACCACUCAUGAAUAUGGAUGUUCAAGCGUUUUUUUCGUAUUUAAAAAUAAGAUUUGAUGAAGUUUUUGCUGUAUUUGUUUCUCGAGAAUUAAAAUUUAUAACUCCAUCUGCAUUAACAAUAUUAACAAUGAAGGAAAUCAAUGAUCUUAGUCGUGCUGUGUAUCCAGAUUUAAAAACAAGCAGUACUGACUAUUAUACUGGUGAUCAUUCCGAUAAAAAUGGCAAUCAUGAAUUAAAACAAAGUAUCUUAGGUUUAUUGUGUUUACUAAAGAAAGAAUUUACAAGUGAACGUAGCAAAAAACGAAAAGUUGAUUCAACAACAACAUCAACUGAAAUGACUGAUGCUGAGUUUUAUGAAAAGCAAACUGCAUUGAGUCCAUCAAAUGAUAAACUACUUGGUAAACGUAAACGACGAUUUCGAAAAGAAAAAUCAAUCAAUCAAUUGUCAUAUAACAAUGAAUGGUCAUUUUCAAGCGAUGAACAAUAUCGACCGCCAUCACUUGAACAAAUAUAUCCAUCUGAAAAAGUUUCAGCUGAAGAUAGAGCAGAUUUUGAAUUAGUAACGAGCAGUCGCAUUGAUUAUUUCUGUCAAAAGUAUUUAUUGUUGACUGAUGUUAUUGAAAUUCGCCGUUUUCAACAUUUAGCACAAAUUCAACUUACCAUGCACAACGAACAUCUCUAUGAAUUUUUACGCUUCAUACGACGUCGACCAGAUUUACUCAGUCAAAUACAAAAAACUGCUGAAGAGGUGAAAAAUGAUGAACCUUUUAAAAAACAAUUAGUUCUUGCCGGCCAUCUUAAUAUAAUAAAAAAUACAUCAAAUUUUGUCAAUCUAGGUUAUGAGCAUAAAUAA